AUGCAAUUCAAAUCAACACAAUCCUCAUUUCGAGAUCGCACACACGAAUUCCACACCGUCGCAGAAAAAUUGAAGAAAUCACUAUCAUCAACCUCAAAUGGAGCCACCACCAGCACUCAUCCUCCUUCUUCCUCUUCUCCUCCCUCGUCCUCUUCCAGAUCCGACGAUCCCCGAUCCGCCGUCGCAAUUCAAUCAGAGUUUAACAGAAGAGCUUCCAAGAUUGGUUAUGGAAUUCAUCAAACCUCUCAGAAACUCUCCAAGCUCGCAAAAUUGGCGAAAAGGACUUCGGUUUUCGAUGAUCCGACUAUGGAAAUUCAAGAACUAACAAGUGUUAUUAAACAAGAUAUUACCGCGCUUAAUUCCGCGGUUGUGGAUCUUCAAUUGAUCAGUAACUCUAGAAAUGAGAGUGGAAAUGUUUCUACUGAUACAACUAGUCAUUCCACUACGGUUGUGGAUGAUUUAAAGACGCGAUUGAUGAGCACCACGAAAGAGUUUAAAGAUGUUCUCACCAUGAGAACUGAGAACCUGAAAACGCAUGAGAGUAGAAGACAAUUGUUUUCGUCGAAUGCUUCUAAGGAUACUGCAAAUCCUUUUAUCCGUCAACGUCCUUUAGCUACAAAGUCUGCUGCUAGUAGUUCUAAUGCUCCUGCACCACCUCCAUGGGCUAGUGGGAAGCAGGUGGAUGGGGAGAGUCAACCAUUGCUGCAACAACAACAGCAGCAACAACAGAUAGUUCCAUUGCAGGACACUUACAUGCAAAGCAGAGCUGAAGCUCUUCAAAAUGUUGAGUCCACUAUUCACGAGCUCGGCAGCAUCUUUAAUCAACUAGCAACACUUGUCUCCCAGCAAGGAGAGAUUGCCAUCAGGAUUGAUGAGAACAUGGAUGAUACGUUAACAAAUGUAGAGGGAGCACAAGGGGCUUUAUUGAAGUAUCUGAAUAGCAUAUCUUCUAAUAGGUGGCUGAUGAUCAAGAUUUUCUUUGUCUUGAUGUUUUUUCUUAUGGUUUUCUUAUUUUUUGUGGCGUAG